UGUGGUGACAUGAGACCUUUACCGCAGGUGUCUGACGGACCCACUAAUCUGCUCCUCCUACAAACACCUGGCGCCGAAGGCUACAAAAAAUCUCGACCGCAGAAAUUAAAGCAUUGUUUAACAUUAAAUCAUUGGUGUGAAACUUGCAUAGUUAGCUAGCAGCUUAGCUUCUGCUUCACCCGCUAUGCUGACCGCUGUGAGCCGCGUGCUGGCCAAGCUGGUUUCUCCAUUAUGGAGAACAGCUGAUGAAGAUGAAGACAUCUUUACAAAAAGCCCAGUCUCAGAGGAUAUUCGUCACCUGCGGGGCAGUGUGGUCACACGGCUCUGUUUGGACUACGGCAUGAUAGAUGAGGCAAUCUACUUCACUAGUAGUGAGGUGCUGGGCGGGCUGCAGCUUAAAGAGGGAGACCAGGUGAACUGCAUCGCAGUGAGAGGUGGUGCUGAGGGGGGAUGGAAGGCUUUAAGGGUGGAGAAGAUUGUAGAUGCCUGGGACAAUGGAGGAAGAACCUCUGUAGAAGAGGACAGCAUGCAGCUUCACCCGCUCAUAGGAACUGUCACCUCAUUUGAUGGCGAUAGUGGCUACAUAAAUGAGUCCACAUACUUCACAUUUUGCACCCUUUCAGAAGGUUAUCAGCCGAUGAAAGGAGACUGGGUCCAAGCAAAGUUUUAUAUCAACCCCACGCAGUCGACAACCCAAGCUCAAUCUGUGGCUCCGUUACGCUAUAGCCGCCUGGACCAGGUGCGUGUCACCAGUGUUUAUAAAAACAACGGAGUGGUGGAGGACAUGGUUUACUUCAGCUUGGACUCAUUGCUGCUGCCCACCAGCUACAAGCCGACAGCAGGGGACCUGGUCAACUUGGUGAUGGUGGAAAGCUCUCAGUCCUUCUACAGCUGGAGGGCCCUUUGCAUGGCACCCUGCACUCAGAGCACUGGGCUGAAUGUAAAUGCUACACCUCUCCUGGAGGCUGAACUCAACCACCUCUUGGAAAACAAAGGAGGGCUCGAAGUUUCAGAUUAUGGGCAUUUUGGGAACCUGAUGCUUGGGGAGAGAUGCGAGCUGGUCCUGUGGAUACAAAAUAAAGGGUCUGAGCCUCAGACAUUGGAGCGCUGUAACUUUGCUGGUUGGGACUCCACGGAGCAGUUCACCAUAGUUACUGUCGGCACGUCCACAUCAUCCAAAAGGAAGCAGCAAGCUGUUUCCCAAAGUGGCUCAAAGUUGUCAGAAAACAAAGCAGGAGAUGCAAAGGAGGAAGAGGGAAAAAAUGGUGCAAUGGAGACGGCCACAGUUCAAUCCCCUGAGGCUGAAGAGGAGGGGAGAGGGGUGGAAAUAUCGCCUGGAGGAAGAGUGUCCGUUGUUAUCGCCUGCAAAGCAAAGAGCAUUGGAGGCUGUACUGAGCUGCUGUUGCUGCAUUUCUCUUCUUUCACCAUUGGGAGGUAUCUGCUGGUUAAAGUGGGCAGUGAGGAUGAAGACUUGCUGAAGCCCUUUCAGGUCUAUUGUCCUCAAAAUCCCGCGCUGCUCACUAAAGCAGCCUCACAUGUGGUCACCGUAUCUGCUCCAAAAGUUGCACGAAGGCUCAGCAAGCGACGGUUGACAAACUUCCUGCCAGGAUUUCCGGUGCCAAAUGAUCUGAGGGACUGUGUGGAGUUGAAUAAGGAUGUGCUGGCUGUUCAGCCUUGUUUGGGAGAGGUUCUCUCACCGUCCAACAUGCAUUCACGGUUCUCAACCCUUCUUUGGCUUGAAGAGCUGAACGCAGAAAGAGAACUACAAGAGUUUACUAUCAGAGGAGCUCUUCUACGCAAAGGAGCCAGCUACCUGCACCUUGAGGUGGUUGGGUUGGCUGAAGGGAGACCUAAUCUAAACAUAGGGGACAAAGUUUCUCUGAAGAAACUGCAGAGUGAUGGUUUGGAGAUGGAGUAUAUCGGUUACGUCGUUGAGAUUAAUGGGGAGGAUGUUGGUCUGAGAGUGAAUUCAGGGUUUCACAGCAGCUACCUCGGUGAGCCGCUUGAUGUGGAGUUCAGCUUAAAUCGGCUAACCAUGAGGCGAUGUCAUCAGGCUCUUGAACUGACAAAACAUUUUCAUGAGAUUCUCUUCCCAACCAGAGUGGUGCCUCAGACCCCCCAGUGGACUGAACCAUGGAUGGAUGAGAGUCCAACGACUGAAAGUGGAAACGAGUCGAGCGCUUCUGUUGACAUGAAGUCAAAGGCCACACAGACUAAAGCUACAGUUGGGAAACAAACUGCCAAACCACUACCCAUCAAAGGGCAGUUUUUUAACCCAGACCUUAACCCCCGUCAGAGGGAGGCUGUCAAGAGGAUCCUAGAAGGAGAGUGUCGCCCUGUUCCCUAUGUGCUGUUUGGACCUCCAGGAACCGGAAAGACCAUUACAAUUAUUGAAGCAAUAUUGCAGGUCUAUCACUUUCUGCCCAGCAGUCGGGUGCUGGUGUGCACUCCGUCCAACAGUGCCGCUGACCUCAUCUGCAUACGCCUUCAUUACAGUGGCUUUCUGCAUGCUGCCAGCUUGGCCCGUGUCAACGCCUCCUGUAGGGAGAAAGAGGCCAUUCCUGAAGUGUUGCAGCCUUACUCUCGGGCAGGAGAAGACCUCCGUCAUGCCGCUUUCCACAGGAUUGUUGUCAGCACCUGCAGCAGUGCUGCCAUGUUUUAUAAUGUUGGACUACAAGUGGGACAUUUUACCCACAUGUUUCUGGAUGAAGCUGGUCAAGCCACUGAGCCAGAGUCUCUGAUCCCGAUCAGCCUCAUUUCAGAGAUGGAUGGGCAGAUAGUGCUGGCUGGAGACCCCUGCCAACUGGGUCCCAUAGUGAAGUCCAAGCAGGCCGCAGCCUUUGGGCUGGGGGUGUCUCUUUUGGAGAGGCUGAUGGCCAACCCCCUGUACGCCAAGCACGACUGGGGAUAUAGCCCUAAACUGGUGACUAAGUUGAUCUACAACUAUCGCUCUCAUGAGGCCCUGCUUGCAUUGCCCUCCAAGCUCUUUUACAUGGGGGAGCUGUGCUUUAAAGCUCAGAGGGAUAUUGUGGAUUCCCUGUGCCAAUGGAAAGGGCUGCCAAAAAAAGGCUUUCCCCUCCUCUUUCAUGGCGUCAGGGGUGAAGAAAUGAGGGAGUGCAGCAACCCAUCAUGGUUCAACCCAACAGAAGCUGUGCAGGUGAUGAUGUACUGCUCUGAACUGGCAACAAAGCUCUACAACCCUGUGCCCCUCUCUGACAUCGGCGUCAUCGCUCACUAUAGGAAACAGUGUGAGAAGAUUCGACUGCUGCUGAGCAAAAGGGGCUUGUCUGACAUCAAAGUGGGCUCAGUGGAGGAGUUCCAAGGACAAGAGUUUCUGGUCAUCAUCUUGUCAACGGUGCGUUCUGGCAAAUUAGCGGAGGUUGCUGAUGCACAGAAUUCGCUUGGAUUUCUGGACAAUCCAAAACGCUUCAAUGUGGCGGUCACUCGUUCCAAAGCUCUACUCAUCGUUGUUGGAGACCCUCAUAUUCUCAUUAGGAAUCCAUGCUUCAGGGCUCUUCUGCAGUACUGCUUGAACAACGGGGCGUAUAAAGGCUGUGACCCCCCUCAAUAAUAAAGAUUAUGGUGUCUACUACUUGUAAUUAUUGUGAUUAUCUUGAUUUACAAGCUGUAUUUUUUCUAAGAUUUUGCAAGAAAUUUGCUGUAAAAAUAAGUAAUCCUGUUUUAGCAUUACAGUGAACUAAGGUGGACGCAUAUAGAUAAUAGAUCACACAGAACAAAUUUAAACUUUCAUUUAAGUACAAUAGUCUUUGGAUUGUCAGCCAAUGCUGGGGUUGGGGGGUGUAAGUAGUCUACUGAUGUCAGCUUGGCUGCGUCUGCCCAUAAGGCUUGGAGACUGGAUGUGACAAUUGAGUGCUAUUGACAGUCUGUCAUCUGUCGACUGUCAGCCCUGCUGGAGCCCAGCAGGAUGAAGAAAGAAGGGGGGGGUAAGUCUGGGGGAAAAAAAGAGACAAAUGGGAGUUUAAUGUAUGAGUCUCCUGUGUACAAGGGGAGACAUCUUUUAUCUGAGUUUGCUGUGCUGACACCCAGUCCUCCUCCCUGCCUUCCUAAACACACCUUAGUCUUUGAUGUUUUGCAAGGGCUUGUUUUGCUCAACCACAUGGCCAGAAAACAGCAGCAUAACAUUGAAAUGUGAUAGUUGGAAGAUGUAUGAUGGCUUGAUUAAGAUUUCUGUUGUGAAUGUUAAAAAAAUAUAUACA